AUGCCAAAUUAUAUUGGUUUGUCAACAAGGAUCUUGUUACUCUUUCUCACACUAUUAUCAGGAACAAAAUGGUCCGAAUCAGCAAGAGUAUUCACAAUCAUUAACUCAUGUAACCAAGUCAUUUGGCCGGCGAUAACUCCCGGUGACAGCUUCAACGGUGGAGGAUUCGAGCUCAAACCGGGCCAAUCCAUCGUAUUCAACGCACCAGUAGGCUGGUCAGGGAGAAUAUGGGGACGAACCGGCUGCAAUUUUGACAAAACCGGAACCGGAACCUGCGAAACCGGUUCAUGCGGCUCAACACUAAAAUGCUCAGCCUCCGGAAAACCACCGGCAUCACUCGCCGAGUUCACACUAGCGUCACUGGAUUUCUACGACGUGAGCCUCGUCGACGGGUUCAAUCUCCCGAUGUCGGUUACUCCGAUGAACGGAAAAGGAAACUGUAGCGUCGCCGGCUGCGUCGCCGAUUUGAGGCCAACGUGUCCGUCUGAGCUCUCCGUGAAAUCUAAAGGCAAAGUGAUCUCGUGUAGGAGUGCUUGUGAUGUGUUUGAUAGAGAUGAGUAUUGUUGCAGAGGAGUUUAUGGGAAUCCUGUUAAGUGUCAACCAACUUAUUACUCAAAGAUCUUUAAAGAAGCUUGUCCUACUGCUUAUAGUUAUGCUUAUGAUGACCCGACAAGUAUUAUGACUUGUUCUGCCUCCGACUACGUCAUCUCUUUCUGUUCCUCCAGGAGGAGACCGGUGUGCACGUACCAUGAUAACAAGCUAAUAUGCAGCGAUGGUUCUGGUGGAUUUAAGACGAUGAUUGGGAGAUUGUGGCUUGUGUUGAUGUUUUCUCUUGUUGUGUUAGCUAAAACUUCGUGA